AUGGCUCAAGAACCCCAAAAACCAACCGGUGAAGUCGUCACAACCACCUCUGAAACUCCCGUCGAUAAUCCACCACCCGCUGAACAAGUUCUUACCACCACCGCCGCCGUCGCCGCCGCUGCUGCUGAUGUCUCCACUGACAAGGACACCGUCGUUGUUACUGAAGAUCCCGAGAAGCCGGCUGAAGCUGUGGCGGAGAACGCUAAGCCUGCUGACGAGACCGCCGCUGAGAACAAAAUUUCUCAAUCGGUUUCUUUCAAGGAAGAAACCAACGUGGUUUCUGAACUUCCUGAACUUCAGAAAAAAGCACUCGAUGAACUCAAACAGCUUAUUCAGGAAGCACUUAACAAACACGAGUUCACCGCUCCUCCAGCUAAGGCACCUGAAGUAACCGCACAAGACGACAAAAAACCCGAAGAAGAAAAGAAAACCGAAGAAGUAGCAGAAGAGAAGAAGGUUGAAGAAGCAGUAGUUGAAGAGAAAAAAGUUGAAGGAGAAGUUGAAAAGAAAGAAGAAAAAGCUUCAAGUUCCGAGGAACCUAAAACCGAAACUGAAGCUAAAACCGAACCUGAAGCGAAGAAAGUGGAGGAGACAGUGGUGGAAGUUGUUGAGAAAAUAGCUUCGAGUACUGAAGAAGACGGUGCGAAAACGGUUGAAGCUAUUCAAGAAAGCAUAGUAUCGGUUGCAGUUACAAACGGUGAUGGCGAAGAACCUGUUGCCGAACAGCCUGUUGCUGUUGAUGUGGAGGUUCCUCCUACUACACCAGAAGAAGUUGAUAUAUGGGGAAUUCCAUUGCUAGCUGAUGAACGAAGCGAUGUGAUUCUUCUCAAAUUCCUUCGUGCAAGGGAUUUCAAGGUGAAGGAAGCUUUCACGAUGAUCAAACAAACUGUUCUUUGGAGAAAGGAAUUUGGAAUUGAAGCACUUCUCCAAGAAGAUCUUGGAACUGAUUGGGACAAAGUCGUUUUCACUGAUGGUUAUGACAAAGAAGGUCAUCCUGUUUACUACAAUGUUUUUGGUGAGUUUGAGAACAAGGAAUUGUAUCAAAAAAGUUUCUCUGAUGAAGAGAAGAGAAACAAGUUUAUCCGUUGGAGGAUUCAGUCUUUGGAGAAAAGUGUUAGAAAACUCGACUUUGCACCAUCUGGUAUCGCCACUAUUGUUCAAAUUAAUGAUCUUAAAAACUCUCCUGGGUUUGUUAAGAAGGAGCUUAGACAAGCUACUAAUCAGGCGCUUCAAUUGCUUCAAGAUAACUAUCCCGAAUUUGUUGCCAAACAGAUUUUUAUCAAUGUUCCAUGGUGGUACCUUGCCUUUUCUAGGAUGAUUAGUCCUUUCCUGACACAGAGGACCAAGAGCAAAUUUGUAUUUGCUGGCUCCUCCAAAUCUGCUGAUACCCUUUUCAAAUAUAUAGCUCCUGAGCAAGUGCCAGUUCAAUACGGAGGACUUAGCAGAGAGGGUGAACAGGAAUUCACCACUGCUGACCCUGCUACAGAGGUUAUUAUCAAACCAGCAACAAAACAUGCUGUCGAGUUCCCAAUUUCUGAGAAAAGCACUUUGGUAUGGGAAAUCAGAGUUGUGGAUUGGAAUGUAAGCUAUGGAGCAGAAUUUGUGCCUAGUGCUGAAGAUGGAUACACAGUGAUUGUGCAGAAGAAUAGGAAAAUCUCACCAGCUGAUGAAACAGUAAUUAACAACACCUUCAAAAUUGGAGAACCUGGUAAAGUUGUACUCACCAUUGAUAACCAAACAUCAAAGAAAAAGAAGCUUCUUUACAGGUCAAAGACCAUACCCAUCUCUGAGUAA